AUGCUCCGCGUCCUCCGGAUCUCGGGGGAGGAGGUGGCGGCAGUACCACCAGAGGAGCUGAGCAACGUGAAGGCCCUGAAGCAGCGCUUGAACCACCUGCACGGCAUGCCCCCGCGUUUCAGGCAGAGGCUGCUUCUGAACGGCACCGACACGAUCUUGGAUGAAAUGGCCGAGCUCCACACCUCCAUGGUCCUCCAGCUCUUGCUGCUUCCCUUCAACAGCCCUUCACCCUUUGAAGUGCAUCAGCUGGCAGAGCACGCCAGACGUGGCACCCCUGCUCAGGUGGAGGCCUUGCUGCUGCAGCAACAGGACCCGAACUUGGUGAACGCCCGUGGCCAAACACCGCUUGUCAGUGCAUGUCGCUUCGGCCGCCUUGAAAACGCCCGCUUGCUGCUGGAAGCGGGCGCAGACGUCGACAAGGCCAACAACAGCGGCGCACGUGCUCUGACGCAGGCAUCAAGCCAUGGCCACUUGGAUGUCGUACGCUUGCUGCUGGAGUUUGGUGCAAACAAAGACCUGGCCGGUGCCGGUGGCCGUGGCAACACGGCGCUGAUUCGAGCCUCGGACAAGGGCCGUGUGGAGAUUGUAAGGGUGUUGCUGGAGGCUGGUGCAAGCAGCGACUUGACCAACAACAUUGGCAUGUCGGCUUUGAUGGUCGCAUCCGGUCGUGGUCAUGUUGAAGCUGCACAGCUGCUUUUGGAGGCCGGCGCAGACAAGGAACAGGCAUCUAGAGGCACCUUUACACCUUUGAUAAGUGCUUCCUCCUCUGGGCAAGUGGGUACAGCCCGGCUCUUGCUGGAAUCGGGUGCUGACAAAGACUGGGCCAACGGCUUUGGUGUGACGGCUCUCAUGUACGCAUCGAAGCGUGGUCAUGUGGGAGUGGCUCGCCUGCUGCUGGAAGCGGGCGCUGACAAGGACCUGGCCAACCAUGAUGGCAAGACGGCUCUGAUGGUGGCAUCCGAAGAAGGCCAUGACGAGAUCGUCGCAUUGCUGGAAGAUCGGAAGCGGCCGAGGCGGCAGUGA